AUGAAUUUUAUAUUACCACAUUAUAUAUUAAAACAUAUUUUAUCAUAUGUAUUGGAUGACAUCGAUCGUAUGUGUUUUGUAAUGUGUUGUCGUCAAUUGUUUCAAGAUCGUGAUAAAUUCUUAACGUUCAAUAAACAGGUUGACCUCCAGAAUAAUAUCUAUUUCCAAUUCAAUUCAUUCAGAAAACAGUUUUCCAAGAAAAAAGGAUCAUCCUUUAGAUUUUUUGAACAUUCUAAAUUCUAUGAAUAUUAUCUAAGUGGAUUGAUUCCAUCCAAUAUAACACAUUUAUUAAUUGCACUGAAUGCACCACUUUUGAAACAGGGACUGAUUCCCCGAUCGGUGACAGAUUUGGAGUUCUCCGAUGAUUUCAAUCAAGAGAUUCCGCCAAAUUUCAAAGAUGUCGAUAUCUACCUCCGUAUUCUCGAUGAGAAAUCGACCAUCGUUUUCAAUCUAAACAAAGUAGACGGUGGACUCAUCCCAACGGAAUCACUUACCAACCAAUCGUUCUUUAAGAACUACUCCAACUAUCUCGCCAAACUAGAUAAACUAAAUAGCAUCAACAACAGCAACAACAACUAUAGUAGUAGUAGCAACAACUUCAAUUCUACCAGCGGUGGUGGAUCUGAAACACUGCUAUUGUCACUCGAUCUAGUUGAAAAUGUUUUUGUUUUCUAA